GGCGUUUGGACGACUGGCGGCAGUUCCGUUCGUGUUGGUCCGACUUCACCAUGGUGCGCUUCACGCAUGAGCAAAUGAAGAAGAUGACGCGCCGCGUGAUCAGCGAGUCCACGGAAUGCCAACCCGAGUUCAUCGCCUACAUCACUGCGAUGGCGAAGUCUGACUGGGAUAUUAAGCAAUGCCGCCGCGAAUACCGCGACAUCUCCAAAUGCAUCACGGCGCUCAAGGCAAAGGGCUCGCAGAAGCCGACCUUGAACCAUCUAGUGUUGCGCGCAUACAACAAGUCCAAGUAGACGACGAUCGCUUCAUCAUCCGGCCUACCGACACUGGGUCGAUCGAUCCUCGUCCCAAUCCGUCAGGCGCCUCACACCCCCGAUCGUCCGAACGCAGUAUGUAUCAAUGAUAAGAAAUACCAUUCCUAGACA